GCAGCCAUUGUUGUUUCAUCUGUUCAUCUCGUAUAUUUGCGCUGAUCUGCUUCAAUAUUAUCGAUUCUCACGUCUGGUGCACCAUGAAUCGUUACGUUCAAGAUUUGGACCUUGUGGUUCGGUUUCCUCUGAAUUUUGCCAUCUGGGCUCCAGCUGCUUCACGCAAACGUCCUUGUGUCCAGACCCAACCCUGCCCCAUCUCAGACCUGCCCACCCCCAACACACCCAUUUCCUCUCCUGACCCUGCCUCUUGGUCUGUCUCUGUCCCCAUCAACAACAUCAUCUACUUGGAUGACAGUCACUUUGUGGAAAUCCCUCUGGGUGAUGACAAAGAGCCCCAGUCCCGAGUGAGAGAGUUGUUAUCCCGUGUGACCAAGUUUCUGAGAAGAGUGUUCAGUGCUGGCAAGAUGGACUGUCAUCUGGUACUCCUGUACAUAAUCUGGACAGUCACAUUCGUUGGGAGUUUUUACUGAGACAUUUUCAGAUACACAUACACAUUUAGGGACCUUUUGGACUUUUUCAGUAUCAUGUUGAUCAAAUAAAUAAUGUUUACUUUCAGUUGGAUUUUACUUCUUUUUAUAGGCCCUUUUAGUUUGGAAUACCUAUGUUAUUUCACAACUG